AAUUAUAAUUAUCUCUAUAAUAAUUCAGCUCUAUAACAAUACAGAAAAUGUCUAAUAUUCAAUUCCAGCUGGCAGUGAAAUCUGAAGACUGAGUAGAUUAAGAAGAAAAUAUGUAACAUCUUGGCUCCCUAAGGACAAAGCGUAUCUCAAAGCUUAGCAUAAAUAAUAUUUUAGGAGCCAUGGCUGACUAAAAUAAACUUUGUACGUCUGCCCUUACCUUUCUGCCAACUACAAUCCAACUAAUUUCAUUUUGAAAUGUAAACUUUAAAAAGAAAUCAGUAAGUGGCACUUCAGAAGAAAGAUGAUAACGCUACUGGAAAAGUUACACUCUCAAAGGACAAUUAAGUAUUGAGUUUUGCCUUUUGCCUAUGAAUACCCUACAUAGCAAUGGAGAGUUCUGGUCUGAUUCUUUAAAAUGAGAUUUUGUUCCCAGGCAGCAAAAUUCACAUGCUUCUUUCAGUUCCUCCUCAAGCAACAGCAAAGCCUGAAAAAGAAAGCUCUGGACCAAGGCAGCUAACAGAAGGAAAUCCUGUGUCUGCUUGUCCUGGCAGUCCUUCAGCAAUUUCACCCAUUUUUAAAUUGCACCCAUUUUUAAGAAGAAUAGAAAUGAUGACCCAGGGAACUACCAGCCUGUCAUCCUCAACUCUGUGCUGGGGAAGGUCAUGGAACUGAUUCUCCUGGAAGCUGUGCUAAGGCAUAUGGAAGAGAGGGAGGUGAUACUUGAUAACCAACAUGGCUUCACCACAGGCAAGUCCUUCCUGGAAAACUUAGUGGAUCUGCCUUAACAUCCUUCUCUCUAAAUUGGAAGUAUAUCAGUUUGAUGGGUGGACUGUUCAAUGGAUGAGGAACUGGUUGCAAGAUUGUACCCAGAGAGUGAUGGUCAGUGGUUCAGUGUCCAGAUGGAGAUGGUGACAAGUGGCGUCCCUCAGGGGUCAGUACUAGGUCUUGUGCUCUUUAAUAUCUUCAUGAAUGAGAUUGACACUGGGGUCAGGUGCACCCUUGGCAAGUUUGCAGAUGACACCAAACUGUGAUAUGGUUGACUCACCUGAAGGAUGGGAUGCCAUCCAGAGAGACGUAGACAGGCUUGAGCGGAGGGCCCAGGGGAGCUUCAUGAGGUGGGGGGUGAAAGGAUGGAGCACAGCCCUGCUGAAAAAGGACUUAGGAGUACCAGUGGAUGCUGAAAUACACAAAAUAAGUUACAUGCAGCAAUGAGUCAUUUUACAUACAUUACAACAUCCAUUGCCGUCUUUUCUAUCAGCAUGGGGAUCUAACCAAUGGGUGUUAUCUGAUAUACUGCCUCAGUGGUGAAGAAUUAAUAAAAGGGGCUACCAACUGGUUGUAGACACACUUGAUGUAAUCCAAGAUGAUGUUUCCAUAGCUCUUAGUUGUAUCCAAGCUUAACUAUGGAUGCAAUCCAUGGUAUCAGCAAUUAUAAGAGAAGAUGAAUUGGGUACCUUACCCACUGGAAUUCAACAAGGUAAUUUGGGAUAAUGCAGCUAAAUUUGAAAAGGAAUUCCAGUCCUGGUGGCAUUUAGUCAGUCAGUUUUAUUUUUAAGCCCAUCAACAAGAAGGCCACAGAGAGGUGGUGAAAGUCCUUUCCCUGGAGACACUCAAGGACAGGCUGGACCAUGCUCUGAGCAACCUGAUGGAGCUGUGCAUGUCCCUGUUCACUGCAGGGGAGUUGGACUAGAUGACCUUUAAAGGUCCCUUCCAACUCUAAGGAUUCUAUGAUUCUAUUUUCAAAUUCUUUUAUCGAACAGAAAGCACAGCUGCAUAUUCUUCACUGUUCAGUGCCCCGUGUCUAACCAGUAUAUCAGAAUGCAUGCAGUUAUGCACCACCACUUGAGCCAGCACUGCACUGCGCUGCCCUCCUUGUGCCCUGCUUUCAGUCAACACAGAGUUAAUAGCGCACUGACAGUUUGCUUAUUGCUGAGCAAUGGCCACCAGCUCAGGAGGGGGUGGGUCGCAUUGCCAUGCCUGGUCUAGGAGUUACAAAAGUACAUGCAAUGAGUAGCCCUUUCUCAUAUUUUGGGUAAUUUCAUGCAGACCAGAAAAAUUGUAAUGGCUUUAAGCAAGCAGUGAGGUGGGCAAGUUGUGAGAAGCUCAUUUAUCAUAUGGAGAAUCAUAUUUAAUGUAGUGGCCUUUGUAUCUACAGGAAUUAUUUUGUAGAAAUCAGGCCAUACACCAUUUUAUUUUUCUAAUUUAUUAUUAAUGGGGCUUUUUUUCUUUGCUUUUAAUUUAUUUUUUUCUUAUCUGUGCCAUCUUUUUCUGAAUAAUGGAACAGUGGUUCUAUGCCAGUAGAUAAAAUAUGAAGCAAGAUGUCACAUAUUACAUUAUUUGUUUGGCUUUUAUCCCUUGAGGAAUCCACAAAAUCCAUGUCAGCAGGGAAGUGCCGUUAUCUGUUAUUUUACAGUCAGGGAGUUCAGCCCAGACAGAACAACCAGACCACACGUAUACAAGAGCUCAGGCGUGUGCCAGCCCUCUCCCCAUGGCUGCAUUCCCGCACAGGGGAAAGCUGUGGCUGCACCACAGUGGGUGGCAACCUCAUGCCAACGUAACGAUGGUGUGGGCCCAGGGAAGCAGGAAGGACACAAGGAAAAUACAAUAAAAUUUUAAAAGGUUAGGCUUUUCAGUGGCCUAAACUGUGACCUAACACAACAUCCUGAGUAACCACUGGGAGUUUCAACUACUGGCAUCACUGGGAGAAGGGUAAUUUAAAGGCUUUGAAAACACCAUUUAGUUUGGCUUUUUAGCAGCACAUAGGAGAUCUCUGGGAGAACUUAAUGUCCCAGCUUUCUCCCUCUUUCUUUGUUCAUUUAAUAUUUCAUCUUUAAAACAUAUUUGUGCCCACUCUCUCCACCUCACUUUAGUGCAAACUAAAAUCCAUUAAGUACCAACGUCAGAGUUGUUUUAAAAAGCUUUAGUUAAGUACAGCUGAAGCAAUACUCUGUAUACUCAUUCUUAGUUGGUACACGACUGCACUGUCUGCCUCAUGAACAGUAAUCUCUGUAGUCUGCCAACUUUAUUUUCUGUACACCAGCCUCAAAACUAGUUGCUUACAUCAGUAAGCCACAUUGACAUUUCAAAUGCUCACUGCUGCAAUGAAUGGCAGGUUUGCUUGUCUUUUUUUCAUUAUUAUUUUGCCUUCUCAAAAGGCAAAAAUGGCUGUGAUAUUUAAGUUAAAAUUAGUUAAUGAAGCUUAAAUCAAAUCUGAUUCAAGAUCAUGAGAUUUAGAAGUGAUGUAACUGAUUAUAAGACCACACAAAAAUAUUAUUCAGGCUGUGCUUCAUGAAUAUUAAGGUACUUCUUAGCUAAGCUGCAAUCAUUCAGGUCCUUAGUUUAUUGCAGAAGUACAACAACGAUAUUUUUAUUGACUCAAUUUGUUGGAUUUUACAGAAAGCAAACAGGCUUCUAAACAGCACUAGCAGCAAGGUAGCAUGGUAGGAUGUGUCCUCCUGAGACUAAUGGUCUCUCUUCAUGCAACAUUUACUAUGCACAAUUUAAAAACAGUCAGUGGUGUUUCAUUUUUAGUCCUCCUUUUUGUAUAGCUUUGGGCAGGAUUAAAUAAAUAAAAAUACAAAGCAAACGGAAACGUUUUUCUGAUUCUGGAUGCUGAGCUUUAUGAAAAAAUCUGGUCCUGAGAAACUUGAAAUCAGUGUUGGCUUCAUCAGAAAACACACAAUAUCCAUAAUCUAGAGCCCGCUGUAAUGAAUACAUCUAGUGUCUCUUUUGUUACAUUUCCAGCAAGCAAUACAUCCAUCACACUAUUAUUUUGCUAGUUGUAAAUACUAUUUACUUACUUAUUUAUACUGAAUUAUAAAAGGUCUUAGCAGAGCUUUACCAGGUCUCUAAUAAAUUAUUUCUAUUUAUUGUUAUGCAACACUGCUUGAUCCAAGGAAAAAUGGGUUUUCUUGUUGCCUCACUCCACUAUGGAAGAAAGCAUGUGUAAGAGGUACAUGAAUCUUGAUGUUUCCAGGGGCAUCUUAUGAGGUUCCUCCAUAUAUGUUCCCCCAUCUUUGUUCUCCAGGCUUUACUUGGCCUACUCCCAAAUGAAAUUUCAAACUUUGAGGACUGUAUGAUCAAUUAUUUAACUGCUUGCAGAGAGAAAUCCAGAAGUCUUUCUUAUUAAUGUAAUCGUUGUCUCUGAUUCAGCAGCUCCUCCGGUUUAUCAGGUAUCUACACUUUCUUUUGGUAAUCAUCAUUGAACAUGUUUGUGAGUGUUGUAAAUGUUUUCUCCAAGUGCUACAAAAGCUUUUUUAUUUUUUUUUAAACUACCUUACAGUAAAAGUACUGUAAAGCUUCUACUUUCAGUGAAUUUGAUAGCAUGAUGGAUUUGAAUAACUCCAGAUUGAUAAGUUAUUUGUUUUCUAAACUUGUUUCAGUUUUUAUCCUCAAGGUUUGCCUAUAGCGCUACUGGUAUAUCUCAUGUAGAUGUAGAUGAAUAUAGUAGGUUGAUUCUGGCCAGCAACUCAGUACCUACCCCAAUAAUCACACAAUCCCACACUAAGUGGGACGGGGAAGAAAAUAGGAAGAGCAGAAGCAAGUAAAAAAAUACACAUGGGCUGAGGUAAAGAUAGUUUAAUAACUGAAGGAAAGAGACAAAUAGCGAUGGAAAAGCAAUCACUUACCAGUAGCUACAAUCAGACUGAUGCACAGCCAGUCUCCAAACAACAGUUAUUUUAAGAAGAAAGCCACACAGUUUUUGUUGUUGCACAUGACAUUAUUCACCACGGAGUAACCCUUUGGUCAGUUCAGGUCAGCGGUCCUAGCUCUGUACCCAACCCCUUGCCUGUCCCUGGCCCAGUCACCAGGGUACAGAGAAGCAGAGAGAGCUUCAGUCUAUCAGCAACAGCCAAAACACUUGCAUGUUAGCAACACUGAUUAAAUCACAAAUGUGAUUAUGAUUAAAUCACAAAGGCUGCUGUGGAGAAAAUUAACUCCCUCCCAGCCACACUCAAUACAGCAAACUUGGUCUGAACUACGUGGCUCAGAUAGUGCUGAACGUGUGAUGAUGGCAGCAUAAAUUGCCUCCUCCCUUGGCCUGUGCAAGUACUCCAAGGGCUAAGAAGGAUUGUAUUAAUGGUGAAAGAUUUUAGUCAGUAGGGAUGCUAGCAGUUUUUCUGCUUGACUAGCAGUCUGCUUUUAUAGAUGCAGCAUCUUUUGGAUCUUUUUGCCUUGACCAAACUUGGUUGAAAUUGACUAAUAUUAAAAAGCUUCUACAGGAGGGUUGAUAGCUCCACAGACAAACAGGGUCAGACAGCAAAGAAAGUAGGAAUAAACAAAUAAACAUAUAUAUUUACAUUAAAUUCUCACCACACUACUGGGGAGUAGAGUGAAGUCAGAGAGGUGAAGCUAAGGAAGCUGAACAGCCUCAUUUUAUCAUUAAAUGAUGGCUACAUGAAUCAUUAAGCAUUUGGUCUUCAAUUUUAAUUCCCUCAUUGAAUUGAAACCAGAAGUUCCCUAUUAACCUAAGGGAAGAGUUGCAUACAUUUGGGUAGACAGCUGUGAUAAAUUGAUUCAUUUCUGCCCAUUCUCUCUUUUUGGGCUAUACGGGAAGCAUGCACUUUGUUGGUUUCCAAGCCAAAACCUGGGCCUUGUCCUGUGGUGUUAAGGGAUGUUAUUUCUACCAAUUUGUGGGGAAAAUGAGGCUGGCAUUAAUUAAAAAAUUCAAAACACAUCAGUGAUGAAAAUUGCCGAAAUUAUCUGACUCAUUUUCACCAAAUGUUCCUUGUGUGUCUCUGACUACUGAUGAAGUUUGAAGCAACCAAACUCUUAACUCAGGAAUCUCCAUUAAAUAUCUUGCACUGGUGGGAUUACAUCAGCUGCAGACAGCUUGCUUUUUGCUACAAUUUGAAGAUCACUUGGGCACAGGCAACACAACUCCCUAAUCACUAGGGAGGACGUGUGUUACAGGUGAUUGCAGUCAAACUUAUUUCUGUUACAGCAGCUUGGUGAUAAAUAGAUCAUUGGACCAGCCUUCUCACUUCAUGCAACUUCUGAGCAUGUAACACUCCGGGGGGGGCGGAGAUGAGAGGAGAAGAGACAUGAAGGGAAUUUCAAUGAUCUUGAUCUUUGCUCUGCCACAUUCCAGCUCAUACCCUAUUUAUUGUUAAGGAAGGAUUAGAGACAGUUUUUCCAGAGGGGAUUCUAAUGGCUGUUUAUCAGUAGGUGACAAUGUUUGAAAUAAUGCCACGCAUUUAUAAUCACAUCCUUACAUUUUCCCAUUUAGUUUAUCUCAUGGGGAUUCUUUUUACUUUUCCUAACUGAGGUUAUAUACAAUGAUGUCUGGUAGAAUAUAAGCUGUAUUGCUAGGUAAUAAUUUUAAUAUAUAUAAAUGGGGUACAUUUUAAGAGUUAUUUUCACUCUUUAUUGCAGGAUCUAAAAUUGCUCAAGUUUAAGUAAGGCGUUGUAUUCUCUGCCACUUAUGCAUUUUCUAACUUUUUUCCCAGUGUUAUCACCUAGCAGCAACUAAAUAAAUAGCAUUCUAGAGACACUGAGUAGAAUAUUAAGAAGGUAUCCCGCAUUUAGGAGAUAAAGACAUAUGUGCUGUAUAUUUCUUGGAACACGUACUAAUCUGUAACAUUUAUAGAGUUUUCAUUUCUUUCUGUAGGAAUAAAAAAAAUCUCUCCAACUUUUUAACAGUUUCUUUUUUUUUUUGUGAGGAAAACAAAAAUGAAAUUCUUCAUGGUCACAACAUGAAAGCCUAUGUAAUGUGGGUUUCAAAAACACACAUUACAUUUUAGCAAACUGCUUAGUGGAAAACCCAGCAGCAAACAUUAGCAGCACCAAGUAAGUGCCCUUAGGGCAUCCUCUCUGUAAAAAGCAGUGCCCUGUCAGACACCAUUUCUCCAAAAUAUGUUUUAAUGUUUCUGGAAACCCUAAGAAUUUCAUAUUCACUGAGAAAACAUAAUAAUAUUACAUCUUCCCAUGUAGCUAUAAAGCCUUUGCAGUUCAUUCAUGUCCUACGCCAGUAAGAAGGGGAAGGAACAUUUCGGUUUUAUUUUGAAUGUAAAGCUUUAUGCCAUCUUCACUUCCCAAUUACAGACACUGUGAAUUUUUGUGUCACAGCUGCUCAUGGUAACAAUAGUACCAUAAAAGCCUACUGAUCUACCACUAAUGUUUUGAUCAGGACUCAUUCAAAAGUAGCCUUUGCAUCAAUAAAAGGUAGGAAAAAUGUUCAUAUGCAAUUGGAAGAGUUUUGCUGUGAAUUGAAUUGUUAGGGAUGCUUUUCUCUUUAGGGGUUACUGUCUCUUACAUGCUGACUCUACAGUUUUUGUUAAUAGUGAUCUUAGCUAUUAUAUCUAAAUGACAGUUUUCACCCUGUACACACAAACGGCUGCAUUAUCAAAUGUCCUGCUCUGUAGCACAGAGGAAGUUGUUAAGCAGGAUAAUAUCACAAUUUCAUCCUCUUUCUUCUGUCUGUUUUUAGGUUACCUCUGCACACAUCAGUCUCUGCCAGCCAAGAGUGCCAUGCAUUAUUACUGAAAGAGGCUGUGUAUGAGGAUAUAUGGGACUAAAAGUUGUACAUAAGGUUGUCUUCUGAAUUUUGGGUCUGAAGGUACCCUCUUGCUUUCUCAGCAAAUCAUGGACAUCGUUGGCUUUCUGAAGUCUCAGUUCAUUUUCCACCUGCUGAUCUGCUACAUAUUUAUAGUGUCAGGACUGAUCAUUAACUUCAUUCAACUCUUUACACUUAUACUUUGGCCAAUCAACAAGCAACUGUUCAGGAGGAUCAACUGCAGGCUGGCUUACUGCAUUUCAAGCCAGAUGGUAAUGUUACUGGAAUGGUGGUCAGGCACCGAUUGCACCCUCUACACCGAUCCAGAGAAUUACCACAAGUAUGGGAAGGAGAAUGCCAUCGUAAUUCUAAAUCACAACUUUGAAAUUGACUUUCUCUGUGGCUGGAAUUUCUGUGAAAGAUUUGGAGUCCUGGGGAGUUCCAAAGUGCUGGCAAAGAAGGAGCUCUCCUACAUGCCUAUCAUUGGCUGGAUGUGGUAUUUCCUGGAGAUAGUCUUCUGCAAGCGUAAGUGGGAGGAAGAUCGGAAAACAGUUAUGCAGAAGUUGCUGAAUCUCCGGGACUACCCUGAAAACUUUUGGUUCCUGAUUCAUUGUGAGGGCACAAGAUUCACAGAACAGAAGCACCAGGCUAGCAUGCAGGUGGCUGAAGCUAAAGGCUUGCCCAAGCUCAAGUAUCACCUACUGCCACGAACAAAAGGAUUUGCUGUCACCGUGCAGUGUUUGAGAAAUGUAGUUUCAGCAGUCUAUGAUUCUACCCUCAAUUUUAGAAAUAAUGAGAAUCCAACGUUGCUGGGCGUUCUAAAUGGAAAGAAAUACCAUGCAGAUUUAUAUGUAAGGCGGAUUCCAUUAGAAGAAAUCCCAGAAGAUGAGCAGGAGUGUUCUAAUUGGCUCCACAGACUAUAUCAAGAAAAGGAUGCGUUCCAGGAGGAGUACUACCGAACAGGAACCUACCCAGCAGUGCCUAUAGUACCACCCCGACGACCAUGGACGCUUUUGAAUUGGCUUUUCUGGGCCUUAUUGCUGCUAUAUCCCUUAUUCAAGCUGCUCAUCAACAUGAUCAACAGUGGAUCAUCACUAACGUUGGCUAGUUUUGGAUUUGUCAUUGUAAUGGCUUCUGUUGGUGUCAGAUGGAUGAUAGGUGUUACAGAAAUUAACAAGGGCUCCACCUACGGCAACAAUGACAACAAGCAGAAACAGAAGUAGUAUCUUCAGAGACUGCUUCAACCCAAAGGGAACAAAUGCAACCUCUGAAAACUCUUAAGUGCAUAUCAUGGUCCUUCAAGUGAGGUCAAAGGAAGGGUAGGAUGAGCAAUUGCCAUGCAUAUCUGAAUUUGCACUCCUGUUAUUUUUCUCCUGGGGUUUGGGCUGGAUUACGCUCUUGAAUGAGGCACUCCUUUGUACACUCUUCCCAACAGGUUUGCAUUUGUUUGGUUGGUUUGUUUUCAUAUAAAGCGUCUUAAGAUUGGAAGAGAAAAAAUUCAGUGUGCUGGUAUGAUGAGAUUCUACCUGGAAACUAAUUGAUGGUUGCUGAGGUAUGGGCUUUAUCUUGACUUGCUCUGAGGAAGGGAUAAAUGUCAGAAGAUUGUUAAAAGAUGAUUAAAACUGAUAGCUGUCUAGCUCACAUGUUAGCAGUUUAAACAAGAAUAAUUUGUCAGUGUUCAAAUACAGUACGAUGCACUGCUUGGUGAUACCACUUUUGCAACUCUACUGAACUGACAGGAGUGCAGUAGAGUUUUUUUACAUCUAGAAUUUAUUCCCACAGUGAGCACCACAUUGGCCCUAGUCAGACGGGCAAGGGGCCCAUUUUGUUGGCUCAGAGCCUUGCAGUGGCAUAACCUGGAGCAGAAUUUGGGCCUGUGGCCUGAGCAGAGAGCUAAGCUACCCACUGUCACAUCUUUCCCUAGGCAAUACUUAGCAGCAUAGCUGAAACUUCUAAUUCUUCUGAGGAUAAAUGCCAUUCAUAGUUUGGAAAAAGAAAAAUAGGUAACAAAUUACUUUCAGCUUCAAACACAGAUUCAAAUUCUAGGCCUUCCUAACAGCAAUGGAAAUGGAAAACAGCUGGGUGUGCUGUAACAACGUAAUACAAAGCGUGCAUUAAAAAUUAUUGCCCUGCACCCAUACUGUUGUGAACCUAAUUAAUCUGUUGUCUGUCUUUUCUGAAAAUUACUUCAUGUAGUGCCUCUUAACAUUGUCUGAGGUAAUAUUUAAAUUAUCUUCUGCUUUUCCUUUGGGAAAAAAAGAAGGAAGUGGGAGAGGGACCAAGGACAGAGGUAUGGCUUGCAGUUUUUUAUGCCAGUGUGGAGUUUAUUGACACCCUUCUGAAUUAAAUAAAAGUAGGAUCGAGUCCCCUGGGAAAACCAUGUUUCUCUCACAUCCCCUUCAUACUGAUUGCUAGGCGUCCUCCUCGUGGUUUGUUGUUGUUUUGCUCUUUAAAGUAAGAGAGGAGACUUUGAACUGCCAUCAGUUAAGGGAACAAAAGAACAACAACAUUUUAAGCCCAAAAGUUAUUAAUACUGAACAGUGGGGACUAUUCUUAGCAUGUUCAGUGAUGUUACAUUUUCUUUGAGUUGUAUUUCUAGCAGCUGGUAAAAACCAUUUAUCUUUUGUUAUAAUAAAACUGAAGCCAGAAGCACCAGAGACUCAUACAAAAGUGUAUGAAUCAUUCAAUGAAAUAUGCAUUUGCUGUUCUGUACCAUCAGAUCAUCUAGAAAGUAAUCCUUUAAAUACGCAGUAUCUAAACAGCAGCUGCAGUGGUGCACUUAGCAUGUGGCAGUAAGUAAUAAUAGCUGCUGAGAGUGAAUGCAGUUAGUAAGAAGUACUCAAGGAAGGAAGAAAUAGGCCUUGGGUCUUAUGAGGGUCUUGUAGGCUUUUGUCUCCUGUGCACGUGCAUUCCCUGUGCUCUGAAGCAUACUGGAAUAAGUUGUGUAAUGUGUCAUAAAAAUAACAAUAGACUUUGGUUUAUUUCUUAAACACACAGAAUAGAGCCAGAGCCCAGAGGAUACUGUCAUGCUUAUAAAGCUGCCUAUCUGUCUCUUCAUAGAGCACGUGCCCUUCUACGCUGAAAUGCUACCAUGCACCUGUAUUGACUAAAGCAAUCCUAACAGUAGAAAGCACAUUUAUACUGUGCAGUGUGUACAUCUGAAAGACUACAGUAUUGCAUUAGAGGUGGAAGCUAGCCAGCCCUGAAAAUACUGUACACAGUUCUUUGCAAAUGGGUGGGAAGGGAAGAGAGAAAACAUCUCUUCAAGCUAGCAUUUCAUUAUAGUAGAACGAACCCCAUAAAUAGGUGAAAGUUCUGAGCAGCAAAUACAUAUUUGUGUGAUAAAGACCUUUUUAAAGAACAAUUGACUUAACGUGCUGGUAGACAGAUCUCUAACAUCUCUUAUCAAUCUUAGUCCUUUUUUCUGUUACUGCACACAGUACUGCUUCUCCAAGAGGAAAAUAGCAAACACAAAAGUACUUCUCAAUGAACAUUUAGGAUAUUCCACACGGGUUUCUCUUGGAGCAGCCAUUGUAACUGGCCCAGGGCCAAAGGCACCAGUCCUGGAUCUGAGUCCCAGCAGCCAAGGGCUGCAACCCAAUACCCUUCCAGUGUUCACUGGCCAACAGAGAAGGUUUAAUGGUACUUGCCAAAGGUAAACUAGUCCCAUUCACUGUAUUAAAAGAAUGACAUAUGUCUGUAGGAAUCAGUGUUUGCCCUUCUUCACCACGAACAACUGUAUGGUCUACAACUGCCUUAACAAAAGUAGUCUUACAUUUGUUUAUACAGAAAAAAUAAAAAUAUAAAAAGCUGA